GCGGGCCAAUGUUCAGCCGUUCAGGUGGGCCCUGGAGCUCCCAUCAAGUGCAACGAUAGAGGGACCUCCCAGACAUCGGGAGGCGGCGGGCCAUGGCGGCAUGGCGCAUCCACUGCGACAGAGUUAGACGCCAGCGCGAGCGCAAACAGUCCAGCAACCAGAAAAAAUACAUUCACAAGUGCUCUAGAUUUGCCGACCCUCGACCCAAAUUCAGUCCCAGAUUUUGAGGGACCCGAACUAGACGGUGUGGUUCAUUUUCUUCACCAGACUCUGUCUGAGUCUGGUCCCGGCUUCUUCUAUCUGAAGAUGAGUGAUGUUGAAAGAGACGCGGCGGAGACGGCUUUGCGAUUAUCCAGGGAGCAAUUUUUCGCCCUCCCUUUGAAGAUAAAGAUGGCUCUCUCCAAUGGUCCAGAUACGUAUUUCAGGUAUAAUGGGUAUAGGAUUCCUUCGUCCGGACCGGGGUACCGCGGAUCUGGACUGGACGAUAAUUUCAAGUUCGAUUCCAGGGAGAGUUUCAAUGUCGGUUGGGAUACAGAGGCGGCGCAGCAGGCGGGAAUCCUGGCGAGAGAAGACGUGCCGUACGGACCCACUCCGUUUCCAGAUUCUGGAGCAGAAGAUUUCAAGAAUUCUUGUGACCUGUAUUCGCAAAUUCUUCUCGAGCGCAGCUCGUGGUUGAGACGGCUACUGGCGAGGGUAUUGCAGGUGGUAACAUUCCGAAGUGAGGGGGGAGAAUUGGCAGAGAUUGGUUUUCCAAGGAAGUUAACAUCGGGCGACCCGACGGGCAAUAAACAACAUAUUGGAUUUCAUACUUUGGAAGGCACUCUAGCUGACGAUUCGUUGUUCAAUAAGGCUCCGUGGUUGCUCGGCUUUGUAAGGUAUUCCGGUGUUCCUUCCAAUGUAUCUGAGCGGAAGUUUGGGAUCGCGCCACACCAAGAUGAUGGAGUGUUCACGUUGCUGCUCACAGAUGGUAGUCCAGGGCUUCAGGUUUGCCCAGAAUGGCGAGGUACUGGCGUGCACAGAUCCGAGGAGAUGUUCUCCAAAAGGCUUGAAUGGUUCAACGUCCCAUACAAGCCCGGACAUUGGGUGGUAAAUCUCGGCACUAUGCUCACGCGAUGGAGCGCCGGCAGAUUGAAAGCCACGUUGCAUCGAGUUGUCAUCCCAGAGGACCAUGCGGUAGAGAAUGCAAGGUUUUCGAUGCCAUUCUUCUACGAACCGAAUCUAGACGCACAUAUCAAACCAAUGAAGCCGAUCGUUUCGUCUGCGUCAGAAGAUCACGUGGACGAACACGUGCUUGACAUGAAGACACCUGGUGACAUCGCUUUGGAGUUGGCGCAGAGAGAUGGCCUGACAUUGAUAAAGGAAGUUGGCGUCGGUAUCACGAUGUCGUGA